AUGUCUUCAGUCACGAUUUUUGCGCCCAGAGACGGUGGGGAGGCCGCAAGCUUUCGCCUUUUAGCACGUGCUCUGCGGGCAUUACAGAGAAGGUAAGUUUAUCGUUACAGAAGAAAGAUCAAAACUUUGCCAACGUACGGAAAGGCGCACUGAAUAGCAAGUACUAUUGUUAUUUAACUACGAAAACUAGAAAGAGGUAGUAGGGAAAGGAGUCACUACAAAAGUUUUUUUUUUACAAAAUACGACUAUUUUGCCAAACUAUCAAACAAAACUGGGAAAAAAUUUACCUUAUAUUGAAGGGCGACUUUUAAAAGGGAGUCAAGUAAAAAACAGGCAUUAAUUGUAUAAGAAUAUCCAGAUAAAUGCAAAUCUUCACUUAUCUUUGAAAUUGAGCUGCGCGCCUUGACCUCACUCGUCGGCUCGCUUUUCGGCGGCCUUCGAUGGUUUGAAUCCCCAUCACCUUUACAAACUCAACAGCGUAGGAGUACGAGGUAAGCUUCUGGUGUGGAUUCAAACCGUUUACUUGACGCUUAUCAAACCGCCUAUUUCAGUUAUCAGCAGUCCGUGGAGGUUGUCGUCAAGUGUGGUGCUCCCCACGGUUGUGUUCUUGGCCCACUCCGUUCGUUAUAUACAUUAACGACCGCACUUACGAACUUAAUUGCGAUGUCGCAAUGUUCGCCAAUGAUAUAUGGAUCUGGACCACCAUACGAAAUGAAGUUAACGAAGGGCGAUUGCAGGCAAACCUGAACCGACUCAAGAAAUAGUCGAAGGACUGACUCUUACUGUUUAAUGCAAAUAAGAGUAACUUCAUACACGAUGGCGGAGCCAAUUCCCCAAAUUGUAUGAUCCAUCGCUUGACGGGCAUUAUUUCAAGGAGAGGACACCCAGAAGAACUUUAGCGCGUGGAUCAUAACUUCACUCAAUUCUACGCUGCACUGUCCAAUGGUAGUCCAAACCCACGACGUCUAUACUGUACCUCGUCAAACGGACACAUUCUUCCUUCGCUUAAGACUCUUUCGUUAAAGUCUUUCGAACUUUAGUGUGGCCUCGUCUGGAUUUUACUAUACAAGCCUGGAAACCCAGUGCCACCAAGGACCUCGGCCUACGCGAAAUAUAUCCAAGACAGGCAACCAAACUUGUAGCUGGACAGGGCUCACUACCCUAUAAAACGCGAUUAGCUAAUCUCGACAUCUUUCCUUUAGGUUACGAGCAGUUACGAGGCGAACUCAUAUGAGCUUUCUGCAUCAUGUGCAGUCAGGACUGCCGCCUCGUAUCUGAAGACAUCUUUGAGUUGGCGACUACGACCAACCUAAGAGGCUACCUACUCGAGAUACGUGUAACUGGUGCCUUGAAAGACACAUGAAAGCUCUUCUAAAAACAGGGGUAUUUAGGCUUGGAAUGUUUUGUCUGAGUAGGUUGUUAUGUCUGCAUCCACAGAAGCUUUUAAAAGAAAGGCGGACCAAGACGGCGUCUGAGCGCUAUCGUCUUGAUACCUUACGUUACCAAGUCAUCGCCGUUACGAUACUACUUCAAAUCACUAAAUGACGUUUGUUUACAUAAUUUAUUAAGGCAUGAACAUCGGCGCACAGCACAACCCUCAUUUACCGUUGUAACAGCCGACGACGUGAAGGGUAGCUCACGGUGAGAUAGCGAAGCACUGGGAAUAGAUCCUGGCUAAGACCGAUCCGAAUAGAGCAGUUAACAUGUCGCAAUACUCGUCCAUACGCAAGGGAAGGAGAAACGUUAGGUAGGCAAUAAAAUAUAAUCGGAAGAGGUAGAAACUGAGAACACAUAUAACAGGGGUUCAUUGUAAAAACAGGAUGAGUUAGAACAAGGAAGUGCCCUGUCUGGAAUGUGAGGCGAUACUGAAAUGUCAACUUAACAAACGGUGGGGAAUGUAGUGCUGUCAGCAACUGCGAAAGAGAACCGAGGACAAUGUAGACGUAGAGAAAGAGAUUCGGGCGUUAUGGCGAGUUGUAGGAAGGGGGUUGGCGGUAGUGGGAGUAAAGGACAAGGCCAUUUUUACCGAAACGUAGUUACACCAUCACAAUUCCAGGUCCGCGCACCAAAGAGUGCCUCUUCGUUCGAACAGCCUCUACAGAUCGUGAGCUGUUACACCACGACGCCUGCUGACCGCAGAUCCUAAUGCCUUCCCUGUAGCUUAGGUGUACUUCAAGAAGCUACUGCAUUACGCACCCAAGUAAGUACACACGCCAUCAGAUGCUGUCAUCGCAGGUUUUGAUAUUUUCUCUGUAAUUGUUUAGUGUUAAUCCCUUUCCAUUUUUUCGCACACUUCCACUGAGUGUAACAAAUAGGGUUUUUAAAAAGGAACAUCAACUUCUCCAAAAAUAAACAAAACUGAACUGGACCUGUUCGCGGUUUGAUUUUACUUGACUGAAGUAGAGGCGGAAAGUCGAUGUAAGUUGUUCUGGAACUGAGACUCGUGGGUAUAUGGGGCUCAUUUGUUUUUGUUAUGUUCAGUUUAUUGAGGGAAGUAGGCGUAAGCCUUUGAGUACCCUAUUUGCAACGUAAAAAUGUGUGGUAUUCAGAAAAAUGUUCUGGGCUGAAAUAGUUUAAACAAGCCCAUAAUGGUAGGACAAAAUGGGAACGAGUUACAGGGGGUGAGCUCUACUUCUCAUCGCUCUUGGUCAUUUCGGCACAUAAAUAUGUCUAGAUUCUUUGUAAGCCUUGGAUUGAUGGUGACAUCACAACAUCUGCGGGUGGGGCAUUCCAUGGUUUGACCACUCUAACAGAGAAGGAGAACUUCCGCACAUCCAGCCUUGCCUGCUGAGUGCGCAGCUUUAACGGGUGUCUGAGCGGGUUUAUUGGUCCAUAACAGUGCUGGGUCCGCACACCAAACACUUAAAACUAUUUUUAGCUCAACUAUAUGUAAGAAUAAUCAGCUUUGUCAUAUGUGCUCGUAGAAGUCCACUGCUUGUAGUUGACUUUUCUACAGAGAGUCGCUUUCGUCACGAUAUCGAAUUGUUACCAGGCCGAUAUGAUCUGUUGAAAAUUGCUCAACUAAUUCUGCAAAAAUGUCCAAAACACCGAAACUCGGUUCAUUCAGGAACCUGCGUUAGAAUGUUACAUGAGGGAAACUUGAAAUUUCGAAGACCCCUACGUAUUUUUCCUCUCUUCUACCGUUAUCUGUAUGUGUACGAAAACCCAACCUCAGUACUUUUGUGUUUACCAGGGACCUGGAUUUGAUUAAACGCAUUCAGUACCUACGAAGCUGGGCAUAAAUUGCACAAAUGGUGACAAAAAUCCGGAAUUGUAGAAAAAUCUUGGGAAAAUAUUCUCAUCGUAUGAGAGCAGCCACAAUUUAGUAACCAUGAAUUAAAGAAUACAAUAUGCCGCCAGCGAACCACUUUUGGUUUUUGGAAUACAUAUUCAAAGAAGCAGCGGAUAGGGAAUCGAGCAGUAGUUUUCUCUUUUAUUUCAUAUGAUUAAAUAGACAUUAUAAGAGUGUGCACAAGCCGUGUGAUGUUUGUGUUUGGAGUAGGCGGGUGAAGGUUUUACCAUUCUGCGUGACGAAUCAAGACGCUGCUUAGUGGGCGAACAUGCGGAGUCCGGCCACAGUCUCGACUAACAUUUCCAGGCGUUGAUGGCAUUGUAUAGAAGUUUGCCUAACUCCCGUUAUCACAAGCGUUCCUAUGUUAGCUAUUCCAUUCACAGUAGUACACUCUGCUGCUACACAACUUGUGCAUGUUCUGUUGCCCUCAUUUCUCCGCGACUUCGGACAGGGACACGCCCAAUAACCUGUCUAAUUUAAGUGUAUUUCGCAAUUACUUAUACAUGCAACUGUUUGAGUUGAUUCGAUUCAGCCGGCUUCAGGGUCAAUAGCAUAAUGGGUCAACAUGGUUAGUGUUCCGAAAUUACCCACCGAACUCACCAAACGUUGUGUAGUCGACGUUUCAUUCCCAAACACCACGGCUGUGGCACCAAACUGCUUAGAUGGCGCCGCGGAUAACCCUCCCUGGGGUGCGGCGGAGCAGGUCAGUGUCUAAGACGGAGACUCUCGAUUGUACCGAUUGCAAGGGUCCCUUAUCGGCGGUCCAUUUGAACAUAGGAGACCUGGCACAUGAGCUGAAGUGGAAGUAUUCUUGGAAAGCACAUGUACCGCAAGCCUCUGUUAUCUUAAGAUUAUUAGCACGUGACGUGAACGCUUCAUAGCCAUAAAGCAGGAGGCUUUUGUUGCACUCUUUUACACAUGAAUCUUUGUCAUCUGUCUGACCUCGAGGCGUGUCCAGAGCUCCUUUCAAAGUCACGAGUUGCACGCGACAGUUUAUCUCCUCUUGACACUGGCAGGUUGGUACCAGAGGGGACCCGAGGUAGGCAACAAUAUUAUACACCUCCAGCCUUUUGCCAUGCAGGAAGAGCGAGCACGCUUUGUGCGUCGUAGAACCGUCGGGCAGCACUUUAGUUACAAAGAGUUCGGUUUGAGGCCUAAAACAGAAGAUAAAAGGACCAUUCGAAUCACGGGGUCCAAAACAUCAGGUGAUUGCGUCGUCGGGCAACACGGACAGUGAGAGCCAACCGAAGUUGACAGUAUCAGAAACUAGCAUGGGAAUUCGGACAAGCAGCCAACACCGACGUCACAAGAAGACUCUAUGAACAUCCCUAGCAUUAGUUAAAGGACAGUUUGGUGGCCAGUGGAACGGUCAAAACAAGAGAGAACCUCCCUAUCACGUCAUUAUACGAGCGAUUGCCGGACUUGCAAGAGAACUUCUAUGAGUUGUUUAAUCAGACCUCCUUGGAUACGUCUGAUGUGACCUUUGCUGCAGUUGCAGUUGCUGAUCGCCCAGUUGUCGAAAUUGAAAUAGUUAUUUACAGCCUUCGAAGCAACAGAGCUGCCUGGAAGAAGACAAAGCCGGCUGGGAAUGUUCUGAAAAGGUGAUUAGCAAGUGUGGAACAUUCGAUUUGUCCCAAACAACUACAGCAAUGAUGUCCUACCCCCGUUUCUUGUGAGGUGGGACGAGGAGGAACGUAGAAAUUACAGUGGCGUCGCCAUAGUCGGCGGCGCUGUGAAGGUCACCAUGCCCCUUCCACGGCAAUCCACGUGGAAGACAUGGACACUGCAUGGCAAACUCUCGUGUUCUGUCCACUUUUGUACUUGUAUCUGGUACGACUGCAUUUAGGCCCGUCACUGCCUGUGAAUUUUACCCCUGUUGCAGCGGAUCUGGAGAAGUCGUCUCAUUCUGUCAGUGACGGUGGCCGAAUACCGAAGGCCCCAAACAGCCAUGUUUUGAAAAACUGUGUUGAGACAGGUUUUAACUCGAGCUCUCACUGAUACCUUCAGGUGGACACCGGCUCCGGAUCAAGGACAGCAACGCUGAUUUCAUAGGACAGACGACAAAAAACCCGACUGUCUUCUUAAAUGACUGGAAAUAUCCUGGCAGUAUUGUCGUGCAGAGUGUAGACUAUCCCAUUCGAGGGGAAGCUGGUCCGUUUUAUUAGAAGAGCGAUCGUCUGAUGAAGGUAGUCACACACCAACAGUUUUCGCACGCCUCCCACCCGCUCAGCUUAUAGUCCAAUACAAUGCUUAAUGACUAAUUGAACAGAUUUACGACACUUUCGGACAUUAGCUUCGAGUGAGAUAUUGCAGCUAGUCCAUAGAUACUUUCUGAGAACUGUUGAAGCCCUGCCAACAGCAUCGAUUCGGACCAGAACACUGUUCUUACUCAGCCCGCUUGGCAUCAGUCCGACCUCCAGGCUUCUGAAGCUGUCCACACCUUCAAUCCUUCUUCUGGCCUGCCAAACAUCUCGAAAACACCGGUCUCCACCGCUUUGGUGAGUAAACCGUCGGAUCCAGUGACCUAGCUCGCUCACGACGCCGAAUGCUGUCGGUCACCAGACCUUGGUACAAAUAGGAUGAGAUUUCAAAGCCGGUCAGCUGACGCCUGGGUCAGGUUUGACACUGUCCUUGCCGAGUAUGGCUAUUCCGAGAACCCAGUCACUGGAGAGGAUGCGUAACAAGUAAAAUUUAUCCGAAUUCCGAACCGAAUAUCAAACAGUUGGGAGAGCUUUGUGAAUCAGAACUCGCGUGGUGGUGGAGCGACAGUAGGACCCGCUCGCGAUGAAUGUGUUUUCAAGCACACCGUCUGGCUUCACGAUCCGCUGGACGGACACAAUAACCUGAAUCGAACGGUGCGGCCAAGUCAGGAAGCACUGACAUCGGUUGCCAGUGGCCAUUACGGGACUCAAGAAUGCGUCUCAGUCUAGAUAUCUCUCAGAAGUGUGCGAACAAGAACAGGAUCUGACCCCUAGCUGUUGCCAAUCUCGGCAUCACGGAUCGACCUGUUAUCGUGAAUCCAUAUACUGGGUCUCGAGCCGACUAAAAUGUAGUUAAUCUGGCUGGCCGUAAACCAUCGUGUGAAUACCGGUCCAGUGGAUGCCUUCGGCGAUGCUGAAAGCACGCGUUGAUGUCGACGGGCUGAUUCUAGUCGGCAAAAUUAAGCUUUCCAAAAUUAUCGCAUCAGAACAAGGCCCAAACAGCCAAUAAGGUUAUUUCUCGGAGCAUCCUGACCAACCUUGACCAUUACAUCCCCUUCCCUAACAAUCGGUUGAUCCCAUCGAGGAAGUCCGUCAGUCGGUUCUCUUAGCUCGAGUAAGAAAUCCAUCUGUCGUGCUGGCUGACAGCCGAUGUUACUGCGUAGAUAAAGAUGACAAAGGUAUAAGAAAAGUAUCCUGUAGGACCUACGUAAGCCAGUCGGUCCUUGGCGGAUUCCCACUCAAACAGUGUGUUGUUUGUUACGAGAGGACAGUCGCCCCACCGUACCCACCGUAGGAGUCGCGUGGAGCGCCGUGAUGUAAAGUGAGGUUGGGAUUGACCUCUAGUAUCUCGAUUCUCUGCCGGUCUGGAUCGAGGAUUCAUUCUUCAGACAUACAUGUUGUACUGAAGAAGACUCCCUGCCGGUAGACUGCAUACCAGAGUCCAGGAACGUUAACACGUUCCACCAUCCUAUAGCAAGAGUCCGUUCCCGAUUGAGCAGUCUCGCAUUGCCGAAUCACUGAAUCGGGGUUGGGGAAUGCGUUGUUUGCAGCAGACGCCAUUGCAUGCAUUGCAAUACAUGAAUCGAUUUUUUCUUUAUGAGGUUUCUUGGGAAUUUUAGGUACUGACGUGCCCCCAACAGCCGCUCAAGUUAUUUGUUCGGGGUUUAUAUCUUCUACCUAUUUAAGUAAACAGUCACGAGACAGCGGGGCAACCAGACUUACUUCAUGGUGGUUUAUGAUUGCCGUACCAUGGAAUUUUAUAAGGCAGUCGGCCUGCCAGAUCAUAGCCCACCGCACCUUGAUAGCACUGUCGAUAUCCGUCCACGACCGUUUAUUCGUCAGACCAGACAGCCCGCUUACUUCUCAACCAGCUUUACUUAUCUGUAGAGGUGUCAGAUAGCCGCCAGUUAGAUUAACAGGAGUUCCGCUGCCUGGGUGACUGGUUGAAGCGGUAACAAAGAGGAUUGGUGACUUUCGUGCCUCUUAAUUCCGUCCUUUUGCGUUGACUUUGAAGUUAUCUGACCAGGAAAAACAGGGCCUGUAACAUGUUGAAGUAGUUAGGUCAGGUGGUGAAUUAUCUUUAACACAUCUUUAGCACAUCUCAUAAUGGCUUUUCAAUCAGCUAGAGGCUAAAUUCGCUUUACGUAAACGGAGUCCCUGCUCUGUCACUAGUAUACUGCCCCCUAGUCAUUCCUCCGCUUCGGAAGGUUGCCUCUGAUAAUGUUUCCUCCGGGGGACUCACUCAGGAUUUUCCUGCUUCUUCUUAGAUUCACGCCGGUUUUCUAACAGAAUGAAGAAAAGAGCAAAGCAGAGUAGGUUUUCCUGCCACGUUGAUUAGUUUUAUUCCAGCCAAGAAAUUUGGGAUCCGUCGAACUAAGCUCAAACAAGAGGCAAGGAAAAAACAGAAGCCCGAACCCAUUCGUCCCGUGCUCUACACCCGACGUGUCAAAACCAACAAACACAAAAAGCUCAAAAACAUUCCGCCGCCUCUCUCUGCGAAUUUAGAGUAAGGUUCCUUACCGGUCAGACAUUGUAGUCUUUAGAGGUGAUGAUGUAAAUCUAGACCCGCUCGACGAUGACGAGCAGAAGCCUCCAGCUAGUUUUCGUGAGAUGAUGUGGUUGAAGCGGAAUAUUGAGAGCCGACAUCCUUUCCGUCUGGACCCAGGUAAGCGCCGUUUUGUACUUCUCAGUUCCUUUUCUGUCCAGACGUUGGCGACACUAAAGGCAUGAAGAAGUUCCGACCUACGAAACCACCGCAAAUCGGCAAAAAGGAGUCUGAGGAGGCAUUUUCUCGCCGAAUGGAGCGGGCAGCGCAAGAAGAACUGCUGAAAGUGAAGCUCGCCAAGAGGGCAAACGUAUGUUGCACCUGUUUUCAUUGGCCCUGACACCUGCUCGGCCUUUGUAGGCACCGCUCGCAGAUCCCGAAACGUACAAGUCGAAAAAGGCAAAGAGGGCAUUAAAGUAGAGUCCUACCUCUCAGCUUCUUCUUUACUUCCCUCCUAUGUUUAGACGUCUGGCCGAGAAGAAGACAGUGAAGAAGCAGUUCCGGCAUGAGAAGCGCUUGACGGGUUUCGAACAUCUCGUAGGUUCGUUCAAAACUGUCAUAGGCUGGCCUUUUUCUGGUUACUCUGUCAUUUCAUGCAUGUUUGCCCCCCUUCUGCUCUUUUGCUGACUUGCUAGUCAGCGUUGCUUGCUUGUUUGCCGAGACAUUCUCUGAGACCGAUUUCAUGACAUCGGAGUGGAAACCGGACCAUUAGUGCUAACAUAUUACAGGAUUGAUGGGAAGCAGGCUUUUUUUUACAGGGGUCGGCAGACUAUUUUGGCCUCAUUCAUCACGUGUUUUGACCCGAAAAGUUUACCCUUUAUUUGUUGACUUCCUCAUGGAUGAGUAAAUAAGCUUUAAAACGUUGUCUAACAGUUUAGUACCUGAAACACGGAAAGCCGGCUACGUUUUAAUUCCCUGUCUUGCGAUCCUCUGUUUUAGCUACCUCCCUGUAAUCCAGUAUUUGAAGUAUCCGAAGGCAUAAGUGUUCGACCGUCGGUUUCGACGAUGUCCACCGUGUACUCCGCAGCGAGCUGAGAGUAGGCACAGUGACUUGUACGUGAGUUUAUAGUGGUAGUGGACUUCCGCAGCAUCUACUGCACUCUCCCCUCCUCCUCCCCCCCACAUAGGCCCGGUGUCAAGACAGAGUAAAGAAGUCCGGAGGCGGGGGAGGGCGCAGGUGGAUGGCACGGUCGAGCCCGCACCUUGGCGCUCCACUCCACACCUGGUCCACGCGACAAAUAACCAGGUUUUUGAUUCAAAACAAUGGGGGGGGGGGGGAGGUGACAGGGUUUCCAGUGUGCGCGACGUACGCCAGCAACCGGGUCUGCCACCGCACUCCGAAAUGUUGGCAUUUGUUAUGGUGUGCAAUCUCAUAAGGCCUGCCAGAAUCUGAUAUGGCCCCCGUGUUGGUCCAUCGCAUCUACCGUGUGGCCCGUUUGGGGGGCAUAUCUGAAGAAAUAAUCAAUCUCCCUCGAGCCCUUGAUUAAGUGUGCUAAUUACCUUAGCUAUGCGACUAGAAUGUGAAGAUCUUAGCGCCGAUAGGCAUCACUACGUCCUUGGAAGCCGAGCCCAGCUUGAAGCACAUCCGGUUGCCACAGCAAGCCUGCGUGUGUGCACAUCAUUUCUAAGUAGAUGGUUGUUUAUGAACUCGUCCUACUUCCCAAGUUGCAUAUCAUGCCUGGUUUUGUCAGAGACGCUUCGCUGCUAGUCAUUCUAUUCCCAACUACAAAGGAGCUUUGUUAAAUUUGGUGAUGGUCUCCUAGCCAGGUGUUGCGGGGGUUUUUACACUUUUCCCUCUGCAGACGCACCUUUUAUUCACCCCUCCUCUUGUCCAUUUAUUCACUGCUCAGAUACUGUGAAGUUUGGCGAGGUCGUGAAGGCACCCCCAGUUCUUAAAACGAUGCCUAAAAAGGUUGGAGGCAAGGGCAGCUGCGAAAGUGCACCUGAGCCUGUUUCUCUCGACAGGUGAGUCCAAACUCUCAUUUAAACCUCCCAUACUCACCAACUGCUCCACGAUACAGACCGGCCAGAAGGGGAGGCUUUGCACCGUUUACAAUGUCUGCGUACUAUGUACGCUAAAGCUCUCAGAGGCUUAGUGCGUCCAAUAGAAGCAAAGUUUUGCCAUCCCAGCAAGGGUUCAGAUCGAUGUAUGCAUCCGCCUCCCAGAUUCUCAUUGGCGGCAGUAAGUAGACUGACUAGACCUUAGAAAGUGUGUUUGGCGUCCAGGGCUUGCUGUGUCAGUUUGAGUUCUGAGUGAGCUUGUGGACUCUGGCUUCGUUUUUUUAAGGAUUGACCUUAUAUAGUUAAUUUUUCUACGGGUACUAGUUGGGACUUCCACGAUCAUGUAGAAGUUGAAGAGUUGUUCGACUUAGAGUAGAAUUCAACCGUCGCAUUGCCUCAGGCUCAACCAUGCGUCGGUUUCCCUUUGUCUGAUGGCCGCUCACUUUAGGACAUUUUCUGACUCUUUCCGUCAAGCCUGCUUUUCACUGACGCAAGUGAUUAGGUGGUUCGGCUUUCGCGCCGUUUUCUGUCCACGAAAAUCUUUGUGUCGGCUUCUAAUCUUUGUUACGCAGGGCCUGGGUGGCCAGAACUCCAAGGACGCCCAGUGGCGUGUCUUCAGAUGGGACAGUCACUGUAAAAAUCACGUCUUGUUUGUUUCUUGGCGUGGAUCGCACAAAUCACUUGACGUUUUUGUAAGCUGUCGAUGUUCAGCCAUUCGCCAUGCCGGUGUCAUUAAUUGUACAGCCCCAUAGUUUGCCUUGCGCCUUACUGACUAGCCGCUGAGUUUUGACUUCAAAUUUAUCAGGCCAGUAGGCAAGCUUCGGUGUACAAGCACCAGAAGAACCCAUGAAUUUCACCAUCUGUGACAAAGGGUUUUCAUAAUUUCGGUACCGUCCACAGUAGGUGUGCUAACUCAUGAAAUGUUAACCCAAAUUCCGAAAUGUGUUUUAGUUUCGAAAGGACUACUCAAAUAGGGUUGUAAAAUUAAUCAUCGUGCAGCACAAUUCUAUAAUAAUCCAGUUACCGCGAGAUACCUGCUUUCGAACAAACUUCUUUCCGGCCGCAUGCGAAAACCACACUGUAAAAAGUUACCACUUCAUUAGCAUGUAUUUUUCUCACUUAUUUUAGAUGCCCUUAAAAAUCCAACUAUAUUUAAUGGUAAACAUGCAUAAAAUAUUUAUCCGUUCACUCGUUUGGUAGAAAAUAACGUCUUCUUUCAAUUCAGUACUCUAAGAAAGAGUAUAAUUAGGUUUCAAAAUGGUUUCUAAUUAUGAGAUUUUUUAAUACCGUGAAAUGGCCAUUCAUAAAACGUCAUGUCUCUGCGUUUGCCAAUGCGGCUUGUACAGUCGACAAUAUGGCUCAAAUCCACUGCUACAUUUUAUGAAUCCCGUAUGCUCUUCUCUUAAUACCGUAGAGAAAUGUAUGGUUUUCCGUACGCGGAAAAUAUAUGGCUUGUAGUUUGGAAACCCUGAAUGCAAGUUUAACGGGAGGUAACAUUAAAAGUUUUUCAGGAGUUAGAAAAAUUUUAAAACCGAAUUGUACCACUUCUUUGAGUAUACAAUUUGAAGACGUAAUUUCCUGUCAGAUGAGUAAAGGAAUGAGUAUUUUCGUACAUGUUUACCAAGAAAUAUAAUUGGAUUGUUUAAGAGCAUCUGAAAUAAAUGAAAAAGUCCGUGCUACUUAAGUAGUAUUUUUGCACAGUGUGGUCAUCUCAUGCGGUUGGACAAAAUUUUGUUCGAAAGAUGGCAUCUCCAGGUAAUUGCAUUAUUAUAGAAUUAUGCUGCACGAUGAUUAAUUUCGCAACCCUACUUCUUUUUGGAACGAAAACUGAUUUCAUAAUUUCGGUUAACAUUUCAUGAGUUAACACGCCUACUGUAUGUUGUCUAUUUAGGACUUUGUUCCCUCUCGAAAAUGCUACCAGUUAAGCAUUUAUAAAAGGUCCCACUCCCUGAAUAAUAAGUCAACAAAAAUGUCAGUCGUCUGCGCCCCCAAGACACCGAAUGUUACUGAACUGGUUUUUCAUGUCUUUUGCAGACGAAUUGCAACUUGA